AUGAAUUCCAAGGACUCUCCUCCAAAACUCGUUUUAUUUUGGAGGUUAUUGUAGACAUGGUGGAGGUGGAAAAGGACGGGCUCGUCGGUCGCAUCUCCUACCAUCAACUCUAUCGGCAUGCAGACUAUAAGCCCUUGCUGCUUAUGGCGUUGGGCUCCCUCUCAGCUGGAGUCGCUGGGUGCACACGACCAUUAAUGACGCUCAUCUUUGCGGGUCUCGUAGAUGCAUUUACAGAGUAUCAGAGAGGUGUCACCCAGAGAGACGUCUUUGAAGGAGUCUUGGAAACACAUGUCUUGUACUUUGUCUACCUGGCUGUUGGCAUGUUUAUCACAAGUUAUCUCCAAAUGGUAUGUAUCUACUCUCCUAGCGCUAGCCAAAGAUUGACAGAGAAAGGGUUCACAGAGCUCAGAGAUAGAGAUACAAUGGACAAGGAAUACCAAUGGGUUUAUGCGAGCUUGCAUUAUAUAAUAGAAUUAGAAGGGAUAAACUACAUAUGCAAGGGUACACAGUGCCGACAGUGCGGCAUCCAACAUCAUGACAAGUAAUGUAUAUAUUGAGCUAUUGGCUUUUGCCAAUACAUACAUGACUUGAAUAUCUAUUUCUCGUUUGUGUCUAUGGUAAUACCUCUUGAGUGGAAUGGAUGGAACGUCCCUCAGUGAGGGACUGCAUGGCUUUAUGGAUUGUACUCUUUACUCACCCGAUUUUCGCACUUAGUUAUGCUGGGAUCUUUCUUCCAACCGCCAAACAAAUCUCAUCCGCACGCUAUACCUCACCGCCAUCCUCCGCCAAUCCCGCUCCUUUUUCGAUACCCAUAAUGCAGGCGAACUCUCAUCCCGCCUCACCUCUGAUAUGGACCUUAUCCAGAACGGGAUCGGGGAAAAAGUCGGCAUGUUUGUGCAGGCUUUCUGUACAUUGAUUGCGGCUCUCGUGAUUGCUUUUGUGCAGAGUUGGAGGGUUACCUUGGUCCUGUGUGGAUUGUUUCCCUUAAUGGGGGCAUGUAAUGUUAUAUGUAAUCGGAUGGCUGCGAGGUAUGGUAUUGGAGCCCUGAAAGCGUAUGCGGAGGCAAAUAACGUUGUGGAAGAAGCGUUAUCAUCCAUUCGCACUGUCAUGUCCCUUGGCGCAGAACAGCGCGCCGUGGGCGACUUUACAGAACGUCUCGAAACGGCUGAGCACCUUGGCUCUCGCAAAGCAAAAGCACAAGGCCUAGGCACAGGAGGUGUCCAACUGUGCAUGUACCUUGCCUACUCUAUUGCCUUUUUUUACGGGAGUUUUUUGAUUGUUGGUGGAGAGCUCACACCAGGUCGCCUUGUUGCGGUGUACUUUGCCUUGGUGAUUGGAACUAUGAGAAUGAGCAGCAUUGCACCCGAAAUUGCGGCAUUCGGCAAUGCAUGUUCUGCCGCAUACGCCAUCUUCCACUUGAUUGAUCGCGAACCCGAUAUUGCCAGACCGCGCGAUCCGACAGCAGAGCCUCUCCGACCGGGUACCAUCGUCGGGCGUCUGUCGUUUGAAGGUGUUCAGUUCAAGUAUCCGUCGCGACCUGACGUGGUAGUGCUGGAUGACGUCUCGUUUCAAGUAGAGCCGGGCAAGACGGUGGCCCUUGUUGGCCAGAGUGGAAGUGGAAAGUCGACCAUUGUUGCGCUCCUCGAGCGAUGGUAUGAACCUUUAGCCGGCAAAGUAUCUGUCGACGGCCAUGAGCUCCGAGACCUGGACAUGACAUGGUGGCGCCAACAGAUCGGAUUCGUCUCUCAAGAGCCUGUCCUUUUCGACCUUACCAUCUCUGAAAACGUUGCCCUGGGGGCUCCAGCCGACACAACACCCAGCGAGGAGGAUAUUAUCCAAGCAUGCAAAAUGGCCAACGCACACACAUUCAUCGAAAAGCUCCCGGAUGGGUACAAUACCCUUGUAGGCGAACGUGGGGCCCUCCUGAGCGGUGGGCAAAAACAGCGCAUUGCAAUAGCGCGGGCCUUGAUCCGCAACCCAAAGAUCCUCCUCCUAGAUGAAGCCACAAGCGCUCUAGACAGUACAAGUGAAAAGCUCGUCCAAGACGCGCUCGAACGCGCCUCUAUUGGGAGAACGACAGUGGUUGUCGCGCAUCGGCUGAGUACCAUUCGAAAUGCCGAUACCAUUAUCGUCAUGAACAAGGGUCACAUUAUCGAGGAAGGCAAUCAUCGAAUGCUCGUGGAGCGGAAUGGGGUGUAUAAGCGGUUGGUGGAUAUGCAGCAAGUAGCGAUGGAUGCGCAAGAGGACGACGACAAAAAAGUCCCGGUCGACUAUCCUAACAUUGAAAGUGACGAUCAGGUCGAAUCAGAACCCACCCGAAAUGACGAACCCGACCUUGAAAAGGGUUCUAUAGCCAUUUCAGAAGUGUCACCCCACACCAAGGCUUUUUACAGCCGUAUCCUCGCCCUACACCGUCCCGAGCUCUCACUGGUGACCGCCGGAGUCAUUUGUGCCAUUCUAGGAGGCGCCAUCUUCCCGACAUACGCCGUUCUCUACGGCUAUAUUUUACAAGUCUUUACCCUCACCGACUUGUCCGAAAUGCGUCGACAAGCCAACCACUGGGCAGCCGGGUUCUUGGUUAUUGCCGUGGUAGCUGGCAUCGCCAACUAUGGCGUGCACGCACUCUUUGGAUGUACUGGCGAACGUGUUACCUCUCGUCUACGCUCCAUGACAUUUGCUGCGAUGCUCAAACAAGAGCCAGGAUGGUUUGAUCGAGAGGAAAAUCGGACAGGAGUGCUUGUGAGUCGUAUCGCAUCUGACACGGCCCGGGUUAAUGUCCUUGUCGGCUCGGUCAUGGGGACUUUGGUGCAGUUGUUUGUGAAUAUCUUUGGAGGGCUGGUUGUUGCUUUUGUGACAAGCUGGAAGGUCACAGUCGUGACGAUGACCUGUAUUCCGUUAUUGAUCUUUGCUGGCAUGAUGCAAAUGGCGUCUUUGAAAGGCUUUGGCACAAAGACCAAAAAAGCCCACCAAAAGGCCGCCCAUGUCGCCAUCCAAGCCAUGCAACACCACGGCACGGUUCAAUCCCUUGGUCGCGAAACCACAUUUUUGGACAAAUACAAUGACGCUCUUGCGGAACCGAUUGCUGCUGCCCAUCGACAGGCAUAUGUCACAGGGUUGGGGUAUGCGGCUUCGAAUGGGUUAGGGUUUUUGGCGAAUGCUUUGGCAUUUUGGUACGGGGGGACAUUGUUUGCGAAGCGGGAGAUUGAUAUGCGACAAAUGUUUACAGUGAUGAUUGCUACCGUUUUUGGAUCCAUGGCGAGUGGACGUGCGAGCGGCUUUGCACCUGAUAUUGCGAAAGCUAAACACUCUGCGCGAGACCUUUUCUCCGUCCUAGACCGCCACCCGCGCAUUGACGCUUCUCUCCCCGGCACAUCCCCCACCUCGCUGCCAUCUUAUCACAUCUCCUUGCGCAAUGUUUGGUUCGCCUACCCAACACGCCCAACUCAAAUGGUCCUGCGAGGCCUAGAUCUGGACAUUGAACCUGGAACGACGGUGGCGCUUGUAGGUGGGAGUGGGAGUGGAAAGAGUACAAUUGUUGGACUACUUGAACGGUUCUACGAUCCCCUUCACGGCGAUAUUUUGGUUGAUGGGCACCCGCUUGCCUCUUUGGAUCUCCCGUCCUGGCGCCAACAGAUUGGCUAUGUGGGACAAGAACCCAUUCUCUUUGACACGUCCAUCCGCGACAAUAUCACGUACGGCUCCGGGCCCGUCUCCGACGAAGUCCUUCUUUCCGCCGCAGAGAAAGCCAACGUCCACGAAUUCGUGUCUGCUCUCCCACUUGGGUAUGACACGCGCGUUGGAAGCAAAGCAACUCAACUCUCUGGUGGACAGCGCCAACGUAUCGCUAUUGCGCGUGCAUUGAUCCGAAACCCCCGUAUCCUCCUCUUGGAUGAAGCGACCUCUGCUUUGGACUCGCAUUCUGAGAAAUUGGUUCAAGAAGCUCUGGAUCGGGUCAUGCAUGGUCGGACCGCAAUUGUCGUUGCGCACCGUCUGAGUACGAUUCAAAAUGCUGACAAGAUUGUGGUUAUGGACUCUGGUGCGGUUGUUGAAGUUGGAACGCAUUCGGAAUUGGUGGCGUUAGGGGGUGUUUAUAAGGAGUUGGUUGGGAUGCAGAGUCUGGAUGUAUAAUUUGGUUGGCUUUGUUUGAGUGGAGUGGACGAUGAUAAAUUAAUUACGAUGAUGGACGUAGGUUUGAGAAAAGCUAAGCAAUGCAUAUGCAUUCAGGCGUAGAAUAACGAGUGUAUAGGUAAACGUGCGCUGGAUGCGCUUGACAUUUUUGAGGUAGGUAAUUGGAUACCUGGGCCGUUGAGAGACUACAAGUAUAUAGAAUGUGUUUCCGAUUUACUGAUGAAUGAAAGGAUACUUGCUUGCAAUUUGCUAAAUGCACUUAUUUCUGGUGCCCGGUAUGUGACGCUAGCAUCCAGCGCCAAUGCAGGCGUAACAUGGAAAAUGGUGAUCCCGAUCCACGCACCCGCGAAAGAAAGGAGGACGAUGACCCACUGCAACUCAUUCAGUCACUUGUGCACAUCAAUAGCAGCUUGUCUACAUAUGGCAUGCAAUGCCUCCUGCAUGAUGAAACAGACAUCAAUGUCUCCGAACAAACAAGACCAGCGCUAUGUUCAUACCCUCGAGUUUGGUAGCUAUUAGCCAUUACAGACUAGACCUUAUGGAAAUACAUGUUGCUAGUUGCCAACAGCACACAUAACAAAUGGUUAAAAUUGUUAAAAUGGGUAAAUUGAGAAUUUCGGGACAAAAAGAUGUUUUGGGUAUUCCUACUAAAGAAGAUACAAUGGAGGGUUCAGCAUGCUAGU